AUGGCAUUCAGGGAUUCCGGAUCAUUGCAGUCAGCCCCAGUUUCGACCAACGUUCGUAACAAAUAUAGCUUCCCGAGCGCUAAAGCGAAUGCCGAGGCGGCGGAGGCAGCUGCGGAGAGACAUCCUUGGUAUGGCGAUGAAGCUGAAGACCCCAGAAUGGGUGAUUAUCAUCACGAUCCGAGCACUGGGAAAAGUGUUUUUCGUCCUGGUAAUGCCGGAGCGUCUACUGGAAAUUGA